AGUUGGUGCUUAAUUAGAGUCAAAUAAAAUGAUUGAAGAGCUUCAAAAGUACAAAUCAGAUCAAUUAACAGACAUCAAAAUUACAGAAGUACAAAUAAAUCUUUCAAAUGGCAUGUGUAUUGCUGGAAAAUGGUGGGGAAAUUUAAAAAAGAAACCAAUAUUAUGUCUGCAUGGAUGGCAAGAUAAUGCUGGAACUUUUGAUCGUCUAAUUCCAUUAUUACCGAGAGAAUUUUCAUACUUAGCAAUUGAUUUACUCGGUCAUGGAAGGAGCUCAUGGUUGCCUAGAGGAGUUCCAUAUAAUUUAUUUGAUAACGUAUAUACAAUAAUUUAUAUAAUGAAGGAGUAUAACUGGCAAAGUAUUAGCAUUUUAGGUCAUAGUAUGGGCGGUGCAAUAGCAUUUUUAUUUUCGAUUAUGUUUCCUGAUAAGCUUGAUUGUCUUGUCACAAUUGAGUUUGGCAAGAAUCCCGAUCGAUCAGAUAUUGAGAGAAUUAUGGAUGCUCGAGACAAUAUUCUUAAUUUUAUUGUUUUGGAUGAGAAGAGUCAGGCAAUUUCAGAACCACCUAGCUACACUCUUGAGGAAAUGAUCGAGAAAGUUCAUGUUGGAAGCUUUGGAAACAUUACAUCUGAAAGUGCUCCUUAUAUUCUUGAGCGGAACAUUAAAAAAUCUUUCAAAGUUCCCGGAAAAUAUUUUUUCUCACGAGACCCAAGGCUGAGGAAUUUAAUUCUCACACCACAUCCUGAAAAUCUUACACUUUGUGGUGCUAAGAACAUGACAGCUCCUUACUUAUUUUUGUAUUCACCAGAAUCGCCACUUUUUGCAAAAGAAUUCUUUUUCGAUCAAUUUUUGGAAGCAUCACAAGAAAAUUCAAAGUUUCAGCAAGUUUUAGUCGAUUCCGAAUCACAUCACUAUCAUUUAAAUGAAGUUGAGAAAAUUUCAGAAGUUGUUGCUAAGUUUUUAAUUGAAAAUCAAAAGGUUAUACAUCAUUUGUAAGGUUUUCC